UAUCUCGCAAAUAUGCUAGAUAAAUUGCAUAAUAUUGACUGCGACGCUGGGCUUGUUCUCCCGAAAGACUGAGACUUGUCAUCGUUGCUUGUCGAACCUCUUGAGAGAUUAAUUAGAUUCACCUAUUCAUCCACAAAUAUGGAAACACGCACUCUCUCAACUCAUAAAUUGUCGAACACUUACUAUGUGAUAAAGGCUCAUGGUCAACACUUCAAGAUAUAUAAGGACUCUUCCUCUCGUGCUGCUGCCUACCGUGUCUGCCUUGAGCAAGGGUGCUACUACGACGCCGACGUGAAAAAGACCUGGGACCAGGCAUGGAAUUACGACCAGCAACACACCGCCGAGACGCUUGGGGCGGAGGUCAAAGGAGGCAAUACCUAUUGGAAAUAUGCCUACCAGCAGCACGGUGGGGAAUACCUGCAGUAUGGGGGGCUGACCUCUCAGGUGGAAAAGGCCCUCGAGGCGCAGUCGAAUCAUACGGGGAACAACUGGUGCUACUACUUGGGGGAGCACCACAGGGCGCGAGUUGCCCAGGAGAAAAAGGACGGGUAUCAGAGAUCCUAUCUCAUUCGGGACGUGGGCUGUGUGUUGCAGAAUGGAAAGAUCGAGAGACUAGAUGGAAGUAUUGACGACUCGACAUAA